AUGGCCACCCCUAUACCUGUGCAGAGGAGUCAUCUUCAGGGCCCCAUCCUCAGGCUCCGAUACAUGGUAAAGCAGCUAGAGAAUGGGGAAGUGAACAUCGAGGAGCUGAAGAAGAACCUGGAGUACACAGCUUCACUUCUGGAAGCGGUCUACAUUGAUGAGACACGACAAAUACUGGACACUGAAGAUGAGUUACAGGAGCUUCGCUCAGAUGCAGUACCCUCAGAGGUUAGAGACUGGUUGGCAUCCACCUUCACCCAACAAGCUCGAGCCAAGGGCAGACGAGCUGAGGAGAAGCCAAAAUUCCGAAGCAUUGUCCAUGCUGUGCAGGCUGGGAUAUUUGUGGAGCGCUCAUGCCUGGAAACACUGAGUGGGGACAAGGAGGCAGAGCUGGGCCUGCCCUUCUCCCCACUCUGCGACCGUACUUCCACCCUGGUGGCUCAGUCCCAGAUCGGAUUCAUUGACUUCAUUGUGGAGCCCACUUUUUCUGUUUUGACUGAUGUGGCUGAGAAGAGUGUCCAACCUUUGGUAGAUGAUGGCUCCAAGGCAAAGACAAAGGCCAGGGAACCAGGUGACCUCAACCCUGACCUGGUCAGUUUCCGGACCACCUGGACCAAGUACAUUCAGGAGAACAAACAGAAAUGGAAAGAAAGAGCUGCGAGCGGCAUCACCAAUCAGACUUCCAUUGAUGAGCUGUCCCCAUGCGAAGAGGAAGCUCCUUCAUCCCCUGCUGAAGAACUCAAUCAGAACGGCAACCUGGAUUAGCUGCCUGGGCCCAGGCUCAGGUUUCACUUUAGCCCAAAGUCGUUGACGCCAUCAGCACCACUCACUGGGACUGGCUCCCUCGAAUGACAGAUCGAUCUGAGGCAGGGGAACCCAAGGGUGAAGAGAGAAGAUGGAUGACCCUAAAGGCCAAAUGUCAGAGAUUGUGGGGUUGGGGGAAGGGGACAUUUGGGCCUGGGCUUUGGCCUGCCACUCCCCACUAGGAAGCCCCUUGCCAUCCCCUAGAAUGGGGUAUAUUUUCCUUUCUCAGGCAGUAAAACCCAGGGAGCUUUGUCCAACCCCGCUUCCUCUGGACUACACUUCUCCCCUUCCCCGCCAAUAACCAGGUGUCUUGUGGGGGAGAAGCUUCCUGGACUGUCUCCUACCCCAAGGUUUGGGGUGGGAAAAUCAGUGAUGCCAGCCCCCUUCAGUGCAAUACUCUUCUUGCCUCCAAGUUUCUGAGCAAUACAUUUUGGGGGUCCCCUUGGGGCCCCCAUCCCAGAUCUUAGCUGGCAGGUCUGGGCCCCAGUUUCCUCCCCCUGGGAGGGGCCAGAACAGGACAUGUGGAUCUCUUAAAGCUGGGGAGGAACAACUUUCCCAGUCCCCCUCAUUCCCCAAAGAAGACGGCUUUCUACAUUUGCUCCAAAUUGUUGCGUCCCAGGCCCUUCUCCUUCCCAGCCCAGCUCCUUUUACUCCUAGCCUCAUCCCCUGAGGCAGCUCUCCUCUUUAUGCCCUUUUUCAAUGUGAUCCUGGAGCCAGGGGAGAGGUAACUGCCUGGGUAUAUGGGUACCCCCCACCCCAGGGCUUCAGCAACCUUAGAAAGGCUGGGAACCCACUCCUAUUUGUAUUACUCCCCUCUACUGAGUCCAAUGUACCCUCUCCCCGACAUCGGACACCCUGGUUGGGGUGGGGGGUGGCUUCCAUCCGACCAAUGUCUGUAAAGUGCUUUGAGGUUUUCUGACAUGAGCACCCAGUAAGUAUCCCCUUAAAGAGCACAAGCUCUCAUCCUCCCCUUACCCAUGGGGCAGGGGAAGAAACCAAGGAGCUCUUACCAGGCACGGCCAUCCUGAACCAGCGUGCCCCAGAGCUUCGUUGGGGUGGCAUUUGGGUAAUGGAGAGAGGGAUGUGCAAUCCAGAAAUCCAGUAUUGACGACUGACCAAUGCUACAACCAGUCCCUGGGCCCACCCAUCUCUCCCAAAUGGUUACCCUUCUUGGGACAGUAACCCAGGGUAACCAUAGGCAGAGGGCUGGGUGGGGUUUGGGGAGAGCGCCCCCUACUUCUCCCCUCCCCUCACCCCCAAGGGAAAAACCAAAUUUGAGGUGACCCUGCCCUCCGUGUAAAUACUGCUCAGCACAUCUGUACAAUGGGCUGUGUUCCAUGUGUCUUGUAUCCACCAUGGUUUCUUGAACAUGCUGGCCUCCCCUCCUGUCCCAGCAGCCUCUCCUACCUGGGGACUGGGGACAGAGGCGCAUGUGGCUCUCCCCACCCCUCCUCGCAGACCACUGCUACAUCCAGAGACCAAUAAAGGAGGGAGACGGGGUCCGAUGUUGUCUUCAUCU